UCACAGCUUCUGAUUCUUAUUUCAAAAGCAGUACUAAACGUUCUCAAUAUGACCGUCGAACUUCCAUCCACUCAACGUGCUCUUGUCUUCGAUACCUGGAAUGGACCACUUGAAGUCCGACAAGUUCCAGUCCCAUCUCCAGCUGAUGAUGAGAUUCUUGUCAAGAUUGAAUACUCUGGAAUUUGCCAUUCUGAUCUUCACGUAUGGCUCGGAGAUUUGAAAGAUAUGAGCGUUUGCCCAUUGGUUGGAGGACACGAAGGAGCUGGAAGUGUUGUUCAAAUAGGAAAGAAUGUUACUGGAUGGCAACUUGGAGACAAAGCUGGAGUCAAGCUCAUGAACUUCAACUGCCUCAACUGCGAAUUCUGUAAGAAAGGCCACGAGCCACUCUGCCACCACAUCCAGAACUAUGGGUUCGAUCGUUCUGGAACUUUCCAGGAGUACCUCACUAUACGUGGAGUUGAUGCCGCCAAAAUCAACAAGGAUACCAAUCUCGCCGCUGCUGCUCCAAUUCUCUGUGCAGGAGUCACAGUCUACAAGGCCCUGAAGGAGUCGAACGUUGCUCCAGGACAAAUCAUUGUGCUUACUGGAGCCGGAGGUGGUCUCGGAUCUCUUGCUAUUCAAUAUGCCUGUGCUAUGGGAAUGAGAGUUGUCGCAAUGGAUCACGGAAGCAAAGAAGCUCAUUGCAAAGGACUUGGAGCUGAAUGGUUCGUCGAUGCAUUUGAAACUCCAGAUAUUGUGUCUCACAUUACCAAAUUGACUGAGGGAGGACCACAUGGAGUUAUCAACUUUGCUGUUGCAAGAAAACCAAUGGAACAAGCUGUUGAAUACGUCAGAAAGCGUGGAACCGUUGUUUUCGUCGGUCUUCCAAAGGAUUCAAAGGUUACUUUCGACACCACUCCAUUCAUCUUCAAUGCUAUCACAAUCAAGGGUUCAAUCGUAGGAUCUCGUCUUGACGUAGAUGAAGCUAUGGAAUUCGUUACCCGCGGAAUUGUCAAGGUUCCAUUGGAGCUUGUAAAACUCGAAGACGUUCCAGCUGUCUACCAAAGAAUGCUUGACGGAAAGAUCAACUCUCGUGCCGUCGUUGACUUCUCCUUGUAAAAAUGUUUAAAGCUUUACCCACUGCACACAUCAUUUUCAAUUGCUCAAUUGUAUAUAUUCAGAUGACACCAUUACGUUUGUUUAUAAUUACGCGGUUAAUUGCCUUCCCCUACUAAAAGAGAUUAAAUGAAAUGAAAUUAUUUGAUAAAACAUAACUUUUAAUUUCAUACUAUGAAUAUGAAUUACAUGAAAGUUAUAAAAUAUUGAAGUACA